ACAGGAGGAUUAAAUCCACACUGGAAAUCAUGAUAUGUGUAAUAUUCCUGGUCGUGUUGCGCAUGUGAUGUUUUCUGUGAACGCCCCUCCCUUUGGCAAGCUGUUGUUAUUCACAAUUACAUUUUUAGUCGUCUGGAUUGUUUUUUUGCACUCGCCCUGUCUGCUCGGAGGAGGCAGACAGCUGAUGAUGAGCCUCUGGGUGAUAUUUAAAGCCCUGGGAAAGCGGAAACCUGGCCUGCAGUGCGUUAUCAGCUGAGGGCUGCUGUCUCUCACACACAGCUAAAUAUCAUUAGCUAUCCAGAGGUACAAUGGCGCUAACUGUAACAGAGCUACAGCUGAAUAUGGGAGGAAAUAUUGGGCUAUUAGGGCGGUAAUGCUUCCAGUUAACAGGAGACAUCUUUUUGAAGAAGACGAGAAUCCAACCAUUCUCAUCAGUGGCAACCAGCCUUAGUGUUUCCCGCUUCCCAAGUCAACCAUCACUCCCAACCCUUUACGUCCUCACCUCCACUUCUACGGUCAGUGUCUGGCCUCUGUAGCCAUGACAACAGGGGGCUGUUGCCAUCUGCCCGGCUCUCUAUGUGACUGUGCGAGCAGCACCGGCCUGUGGAAGAGCGUGGAGGAGACGGGCGGGGAAGGGUGCCAGGCGCUCUACGUCACCCAGGUCACAGCCAUAGAUGGACAGUUGCUCUCGUCUGUGCUCAAACCUGUGUGCUCACAAACUGAUGGCCCCAUCUGUCGUAUUUGCCAUGAAGGAGGCAACAGUGAGACUCUUCUGUCUCCUUGCGACUGCACGGGAACACUGGGCACGGUGCACAAGAGCUGCUUGGAGAGGUGGCUGUCGUCUUCCAACACCAGCUACUGUGAGCUCUGCCACACAGAGUUCAGCAUUGAGCGCCGUCCAAGGCCCCUCACAGAGGUAACAAAGUGGCUGCGGGACCCGGGACCUCGCAAUGAGAAGAGUACACUUUUUUGUGACAUGGUGUGCUUCCUGUUCAUCACACCCCUUGCAGCUAUUUCAGGCUGGCUCUGCCUGAGGGGGGCUCAGGACCAUCUCCAGCUGGGGAGCUGGCUGCAGGCUGUUGGCCUCAUAGCCCUCACCAUAGCCCUCUUCACCAUCUAUGUCCUUUGGACCCUGGUAUCCUUCCGCUACCACUGUCAGCUGUACUCGGAGUGGAGAAGAACAAAUCAGAAAGUACGUCUGCUCAUUCCUGAAGCCAAGGAGUCUAACUCUUCCCAGCAUUCCUUGCUCUCUACAAAGCUGAUGAAGAAGUCUGCCAAUGAGAGUAUAGUAUGAGAGCAAACCCAGAUGGUUCAGGAAGAGUGACGGACGAUUUUUGAUGCGUCAGACCUGCCAACAAGCCUUUAAAGAAGCACUUGUGGACGUUUUUUAUUUUCGGCUUUGUGACUUCUUUUCCUUUGCCUCAUCAGUACUGAAUUCAAUUAGCAUUUUUUGAAUUUGUCCCCCUGUGGUUGCAGGGUAAGGGGACAUUUAAAUGGGGUCUGUCCGUCCUCACGCUUGGUGUUGACCAACUUAUGCAAAAAGGCACUAAAGAAUGGAGUAGCACAUGGAGAUGUGCAGAGACUUUGGGAGAGACACAGCCUCACUGGCAUAAAUGCAAAGACGACUUUAGAUAACAGCUGAAUAACUUGUGACCAAAAUAACUUUUCAGUGGACCGUGAAGAGUUUUAUGAUUGUUCAAACAACUCCAUGAUGAUUCUCUGAUGAUCUCAGAGUUCAGCAGCUCCAUUGAAACUGGCCAUGGCCCUCCCAGCGUAGGACUUCUCUGCACAAAAUCGCCUUUUGAGGAGAUCUUUGAAGUAAUCGGAGUGAUCCCUCGUGAAUCUGUAAAGGGUUUUACAUUUUACAAUACAGAUGCUAAUAUGCUGUCCGAAAGGAGACUUUAUUUUUAGCACAAUCCCAUUGGACUUCUUUCAAGAUGUGUUUUGCCAUAUCUGUUUUUACAUCUGAUGCAAGAAUGGAUGUCAGCAUAGCACUACUAAAGCCAGAGAAUGUGCAAUAACAACACUGUGGACUUCAAGGUCUUCACACUACAUGCAGAGACCUUUACCAACAUGCACAGUUAUGCAUGCAAGCACUGUUAAUAAUUAUUAUUUUUUUUUUUUUAAUGUUAGUGUUUUCUUAAAUUUUUUCUUUACCACUAAAGAGUGAGCAGAUGAACUAUUCCUACAAAAGUAGGGUUAAUAUUUUCCUCAUAGAGGUUCUUGUAUUAUCAGCACUUAGCAGGCAGGUCUCCUAAAGACCUCUGCAUCUCAUUUUGUCAAAAUGGCUUUUAGAGAAACACUUUCACAAGAAUUGUUAGGUGGCUGAUGCAGUGUACUAAAGCCUCCUUUUUCUGGCGUGUAUAAGUACUUCAAUAAAGCUGUUCUGUUUCUGUUUUUA